AUGGCAUUACGCCGAAACAGCGCUUUGUUAUCACUCCCUUCAUCGUCAGCACUCUCCAUAUUCAAACCAAUCCUGGACCCACAAACAAACACACCGGCCUGUCCAGAGGAAUCACCGACCAACCAAGCAACAGCAACUCAUAAAGUAGAGAUGUGUGAGGCAGUGUGCGCUUACAACUGCCACAGAGAUAUCAACUGCAUGCACUUCCGCUACUGUUCUGCAGCAAUUGAAACACAAACUGUUGGUUGUAUGCCGGUGAUGAGGGUAAUGCUCUCCAGCGUUUCGUUCAUCUUCCAAACUGUAAGUGUUUUAAGGUCGUACCCCAAAAAAGACCCCAAAGGUUACAUCACCUGUGAUGGACAUGGGAAAUGUUCCCGGAGAAUGUGCAGUGGUGUGAGAAUUUUCGAUUUUGAUUUGCAAACCUGUGUCUAA